UGAGUUUGUUUUAAAAUGGCGUCGGAAGCAUCGAAACAGAAGCGCUGUGACGCUUGAGUGGAGAAAGAGCCUGAAGGCGCGUCGUCAUGGAGCGCAGGAGGGGUCCGGAGCUACACGCAGAACUGGUAUCCUACCUGUAGCAUCAACAUGGCACAUCUCUCUGAUGAUCCAUACGAACGGAGCGGAGACAGUGCCGCUAAAGAUGGUUCCUCAGGCUGUGCUGCAAUGGAAAACGGCAGUGCCUUUCAUCACAGUUCUCCUGUCCCUGGACCAGUUAUCCAUAAUCACAAUGCUCAUCACUACAGCACACCCACUGAUCCCAGGACUCACCCCUCAAUCCCUAGCUACAAACCCUCUGUGCUCUCUGGCGCCCCCUUCGAUGAGGAGGACCGGAGCAGCCAGACCUCUCAGGACUCCGGCAUCCCCACCCUGGAGAUCAACCCCCCAGAGCACAUUCACGUCCGACCUGCCAUUGGAGAGCCGUCCCUGGGCACCCAGCUGGACGACUGCCCCGCAACGCUGACCCUCGAGCCUACGGACAGCUCCCUCCGAAAGUCCUCCACGUUCCCCCGGAGCGGCUUUGACACGGUCCGACUCUUCAGCCCCAGUGGUCCUCAUGGACGAGGGGGUGGAGGGGGAGGGGGAGGGGGUGGGGUUAUGGGCGUGACGGGGACACUGAACCGCAGUGACGACAUUUCCGUGUGCAGCGUGUCCAGCCUUAGCACAGAACUCUCAGCCACGCUGUCCGUCAGCAAUGAGGACAUCCUGGACUUCAUGGUUACCUCUGAGUCCAGCGCCAUCGUCACCCUGGAGACGGAUGACUCCGCCCACUUCUCUGACAUCGCGCUGUCCUCACCCCUCGAUCACAGUGAGCUCUGGAGCCCUCAGCGACAGCCGGUAGGGGUCACGCCCCAGGAGGAGGUCAGGCCGAAACGUCUGAGUCCACUGGCCAGCUUCUUCAACAGGAGUCUGUUUGCUAAGAAAGUGAAGGACAGCAGAGCUUUGGAGGGACAGAGAGAACCAGGCUGGAAACUGUUUGGCAAAGUGCCACUGAAAGAAAGCUCCAUCAAAGACCCAAAAAAGAUACAGAAGGAAUAUGAAAGGAGGAGUGGACGAGCAGGUGAUCCCACAUCUCCCAAACAGAGUGUGAGGAAGAAUCUGGACUUUGAGCCGCUAUCCACCACCGCCCUUAUACUGGAGGACCGGCCCGCGAAUCUUCCGGCCAAGCCUGCAGAGGAGGCACAGAAACACAGACAGCAGUAUGAGGAGAUGGUUGCCCAGGCCAAAAAGAGAGAGCUGAAGGAGGCUCAGAAGAGGAGGAAGCAGCUGGAGGACAGGUGUAAACUAGAGGAGAGCAUUGGCAAUGCUGCCCUCAUCUGGAGUCAGGAGAUACUACCCAACUGGCACACAAUGUGCUCCUCUCGGAGGGUGAGGGAGUUAUGGUGGCAGGGGCUGCCGCCCAGUGUGAGGGGGAAAGUCUGGAGCCUCGCAGUCGGCAACGAGCUCAACAUCACACACGAGCUCUAUAGUAUCUGUUUGGCGAGAGCCAAGGAGAAGUGGAAGGCUCUGCUCCAACCAACAGCCACCACUGAAACUGAGAGUGAAGAUGCCGGCCCAUCCCUGGCUGACCGGGAGGCCAGUCUGGAGCUUAUAAAGCUGGACAUUUCCAGAACAUUCCCUAACCUCUGCAUAUUCCAACAGGGUGGUCCGUACCACGAUGUCUUACACAGCAUCCUGGGAGCAUACACAUGCUACAGACCAGAUGUGGGAUAUGUACAGGGGAUGUCUUUUAUAGCGGCUGUAUUGAUCUUGAAUCUGGACACAGCCGACGCCUUCAUUGCUUUUGCCAAUCUGCUGAAUAAGCCCUGUCAGAUGGCUUUCUACAGAGUGGACCACAGCCUUAUGUUGACUUACUUUGCAGCAUUUGAAGUAUUCUUUGAAGAAAACCUACCAAAGCUGUUUGCACAUUUUAAGAGCAACAACUUAACCCCAGACAUCUAUUUAAUAGACUGGAUCUUCACACUAUACAGUAAGUCUUUGCCGUUGGACUUGGCAUGUCGCGUGUGGGACGUGUUUUGCCGAGACGGAGAUGAAUUCCUUUUCCGUACGGCGCUGGGAAUCCUGAAGCUGUACGAGGACAUCCUGACCCGCAUGGACUUUAUCCACAUCGCCCAGUUCCUGACCCGGCUGCCCGAACACAUUCCGUCCGAGGAGCUCUUCUCCCACAUCUCCGCCAUCAGCAUGCAGAGCAAGAACAGGAAAUGGGUCCAGGUCCUUCAGACGUUGCAAAAGGAGCAGGAUCGGGGGAGUCCAGUGCUGAAACGUUGAGGAUGUAACCUUGCGUUGUCACUCACGCGGAUAUAGAGACAACCUUAGGGAUUAAACACAUGGCCCAGAGGUGUGUGCGUGCUUGUUUGCACGCCCAUCCGCACAGAACAGAGCACAGAGCCCGAACCAGGAAUGCCUCUUGGAAAGAACAACAAUCCUAUGUAUGUCAGGUCUCGUACAGAUCCUGGACCAGGUGGGGAAACUCUUGUUUUUUGUUUUUUUCCUCCAGUGCACAGGAACAUCGGCACAAUCUUCCGCACAGGGCUCUACCACUCUGGAACUUUACACCGACUGGCAGUGAAACACACACACACACACACACACAGGGGCCAGAAUCCCAAACGAAUGUACACUCCAAUUGUAUAUCAGGGUUACUGCCCAACCGCUACUGAACACUGGCUUGCCCCCCCCCCCGGCCCCCCUCCUCACUGUUGGGUCACUUUGACAAGUUCACCUUGUGAACCAGCCUUUCCUUCAUUUGUGUUUUCUUUUUGUAAUAUUUCAUGUGCUUUUUGUCUCUUGUUGCAUUGUGUAUUAAUUGUUACUUUUUAAAAAGA